AUGUUUGGGAUUAUUAAGUAUUCUUUACUUUUUUUAAUUAUGUAUAUAUCUAGAAUUAAAUAGAUGUGGAAUAACUAUAAUAAGAGAUAGAGAAUUAGCUGAAAAUGAGUUGGAAUACUAUAAAUAAAUGAAUUAUGGAUUAUGGACAAUCCUAAUACCUUUUCUGUAAUGGAAUUAUUUAAUUUAGAGUUUUAUUGUUACCAAUAUUUUCUUAGAAGACAAGAAAUAAGAAUGAUGAGGAUAUAUCAGAGAACUUAAAUACAAAAAAUGAAGAAUUAGAAUAACCAAAUAUAAGUUAAAAUAAAAACAAUUAAGAUCAUAACUUAAUGAAAAAAGAAGAAUUUGUUUAAACAGAUUUUGGUACUGAUUACUUUUGUGAGAUGGCAACAUAAGAAAAUAAGGGAGAUAUAAAUGGAAGAGGAUAAGAUCAAAUCUACACAGAUUUCAAUUAAAAUAUUUUAACAGAUCAUUAUGAAGAUAAUGAUAAAUUAUAAAUAGAGAAUAGUUAGGAAUUGCUUUUCCAAUAAAAAAGUGAAUAAAUGAUAAUAGAUGAAAAAUAGAAUGAUGAUUUAGUCUUGAAUAAUUUAAGUGAUAUAUCUCAUAAAAAUAUGUUAUCUUGUAAUGAUACAGAAAGAGAAUCUGUUAAUAUAACUUAAAAUUCUAAAAUUUUUCAUACUUAUUCAAAUAGUUAUCAAAUUAAAGAUUUUAAUCAAAGUUAAGAAUAAAAUCAAGAAAAAUUACUUAAGAUUUCUAAAAUUUUAGAAAUAAUAGAUGCUGUUCCAGUUAUUGUUUUAAAAAAAUAUGAAGAAUUUGUGACAAAUAACAGAAAAGAAAGAAGAGAUUUAAUAUACAAAGAUUUUGAUACUUUUACAGAUAUUGAUGCUCAAAAUUAUAUUAAAUUACUUAAAAAUUUAUUCAAAUUUCAUGAUAAUUUGAUUAGAAAAGGUUAAAAAUAUUAUAUAUUAAAAAAUAAAAUGGAUUAUAAGCAUUUUAUUAAAUCAUUUAAUAAAUAUUUAUUAGAUCCUUUAGCAUCAAAUGAAAUUUUAAGUCACUAAAGAUUUGCUCUAUAGUAAUUAAAAUUCUCCUUACAAAAUAGUUAAGUGCUAUUACAAUAUUAAGUUUUAGAAAUUUAUUAAAUUCUAAUUAAUUUAAUGUCUAAUCCAACUGAAAUCCUUAAUAAAGUAUUCUCCUAAUUUAAUAAUAAAUCAGAAUCAUUAUAUUUAAAUUCGAUAUUAUAAUAUUUUUUGGAAGAUUAUGUAUAUUAUCAUAAGAAGAUAGAAGAUGAAGAUUUUCAAAGAUACUUAAGUAAAACUUCUAUAUUAUUUUAGAAAUCUAUCAUAAUUGUAAUGAAAUUAUCAAUCUGUAAUAUAGUCUUGAUGAAAAGAUGAAUUAAUAUAUUUUUUAAUAAUAAAGACUUUUAAAUUUGAAUUGA